AUGGCUGCGGCGGCCGUAGGCGGACACGUGCGCUCGCGGACGGCGUCGUUUCUGCUGCCAAUAUUGCUCCUGCUUCAGGCAUGUUCAUGGCUGCCGUUCGCGCAAGCCAUGAUGGGACCCGACCGCAUGGCGGAUCUGCGGCGUGCAACAGUUGACAUGUUCUACCACGGCUUCAACAACUAUAUGCACAUUGCCUUUCCCGAAGAUGAGCUGCGACCUGUUUCCUGCGUGCCCUUGACGAGAGACAACCUCAACCCGCGCAACGUGGAACUUAACGACGUCCUCGGAAACUACUCCCUCACCCUCAUCGACAGUCUCUCGACACUGGCCAUCCUGGCAUCGGCACCUCCCGAAGACGGCGAUACUGGUGCAAAAGCGCUCCGAGACUUCCAGGACGGUGUUGCGGCACUGGUUGAACAGCGCCGGCCUCCGCGACGGGGGUUUGACAUGGACAGCAAGGUGCAGGUGUUUGAGACGGUCAUCCGCGGCGUCGGCGGUCUGCUGAGUGCCCACCUCUUUGCUGUGGGCGAGCUGCCCAUUUCGGGGUACGUGCCGCCGCCAGCACCAGCGCAUCCAGACGAACGGCAGACGCCUAUCCCGUGGCCAAACAAUUUUGUCUACGACGGCCAGCUGCUGCGCCUGGCCCUCGACUUGGCCACUCGCCUCUUACCCGCCUUUUAUACGCCCACGGGGAUGCCCUACCCGCGCGUCAACUUGCGCCACGGCAUUCCCUUUUACGUCAACUCACCGUUGCAUGGCGACAGCACGGGCAAUGAUGGCAGCGACGGGUCAGCACGACAGAGGGCGAGUGGCCCGGUCGAGAUCACGGAGACCUGCAGCGCCGGAGCUGGCAGUCUAGUGCUCGAAUUCACGGUGCUGAGCCGGCUCACGGGUGACCUGCGCUUCGAGCAGCUGGCCAAACGCGCCUUCUGGGCCGUUUGGUACCGUCGCAGCGACAUUGGCCUCAUCGGCGCAGGCGUCGAUGCCGAGCAGGGUGGGUGGAUCGGUGCCUACUCGGUGAUUGGUGCGGGCGCCGACAGCUUCUUUGAGUAUGCCCUUAAGACGCACAUCCUGUUGUCGGGCCACGACCUGCCCAACCGCACACUGGCUGCACGCCCACCGGCGCACCACCGCGUUCCCGUCCGGAUACAGGACGCCACGACCGGGGCUGAGACUGCGCUCGUGUGGCACGACCCCAACGCCAUUUUCCCCGUUCUGAGCGACGCGGAGAACUCGCCCGAGUCGUUUUUGAAUGCUUGGCACCUGGCGCAUGCGGCCAUAAAGCGCCACCUGUAUAGCGACCGUGAGCACCCUCACUAUGUCAACGUCAAUCUAUGGACUGGUUCUCUGGCUGCGCAGUGGAUUGACAGCCUGGGCGCCUACUACUCAGGCCUCCUGACACUGGCCGGUGAGUUGGAGGAAGCCAUCGAGACGAACCUGCUGUACACGGCCGUGUGGGCCAAGUAUGCGGCGCUGCCGGAGCGCUGGUCUGUAAGGGACCGCACGGUCGAGGGCGGCCUGGGAUGGUGGCCGCUGCGGCCCGAGUUUAUCGAGUCUGUGUACCACAUCUAUCGGGCGACCAAGGACCCGUGGUACCUGUACGUGGGCGAGAUGGUGCAGCGCGACAUUACGCGGCGCUGCUGGACCGAGUGCGGCUGGGCCGGCCUGCAGAAUGUGAUGAGCGGCGAGAUGUCGGAUCGCAUGGAAAGUUUCUUUUUGGGCGAGACUGCCAAGUACAUGUACUUGCUGUACGACGACCGCCACCCGCUGAACUCGCUCGACGCGGCCUAUGUGUUUACGACCGAGGGCCACCCCCUUAUUAUACCCAAGCGCCGGCGCGCGCCUGACAGCUUGAAAAGCGAAAAUGUGAGAACGAACAACGCAAAGAAGGAUAAGACGGCUACUACGAAUACUACGACAGAAACAAAGAAAACGAAAGAAUCGAAAAUCACAAACACCGAAGGGACUAAGGAGCCUGAGCCCACGCGUUCCGGUAUUCCUGGUCAACCGGAGCCGGAUACAACUGACGCCGGCGAUCUGGGCUGGUACGACAACGACGGCUUUACAAAUGUAUGCCCCCUGCCACCACACCCCGAUCUUUUUACAGGUUCUGCUGUGACGGCGCGCAAAAACAUCUACCAUGCGGCCAAGAUGCUUGAGUUGCACUUGAUGCCGGCAAAGGGCGCCGAAGGCAAUGCCAGCACCAGUGCCAGCGGCCGUCCGAAGCGACAUGCAUCCUCCUUUUUUCCUUGGACGCUCCCGGAGGCCAUGCUCCCUACCAAUGGGACCUCAUCCAAGGUGCGGCAACCAACCGAGAUGAGCCUCGAGUUCUCAGCACAGCCGCCCGAGGCCGCCGUUGCGGGACAGGGCAACGGCAACGGCAUCCACGGCAACCUGCUGUCCGGCGCCAACCUGCUGAACCGUGUCGCACCCGACAAGAUCCGCGUCAACAGCAUAUCGGGCUUGAAGCUGAUCUUCCGAUUAGAAGAAGAAAAUGGCGAAAGGUCGUGGCGAGUGACACGCGUCAACGGUGUACCUCUGGGCCGCGACGAGGGGCUCUUGCUCGACCGUGCGCUGGUCAGCCACAUUUCGGAUGCGCGCUUCAAUUUGGUGCGCGACCCCACCAUAGCCAAGCUGCAUCACCUCCACCACGCGGUGUGGAUGAGCUCGCCACAGGAGGGCGAGCCGGACGGCCCAGUUGUGGUGCUCCUCGACGACAGCAGCAACGCAGACACUGAGGAUGGCACAGACGAACGUGAGACCAACGAUCACAGCCAUGGCGCUCCCCACCACGACAAUCGUGACGCGAUCGAAGAGGGCCAAACCGCAGACGAUCAAUCUUGCGCGAGCACAUCUGGGCUGACGACGCUCGUCAAGUCCUUUUGGCGCCAGAUCGUGUCUUCGCUCGACGGACCGGCCCAUGCCACGCCCGUGCCCGGAUCGUCCAUGGGCCAGCGGCGACAUCCGCUCCACCACGCAUCCUUCUGCAACAAAAGCGGCGGGGCUGGCCGCCGACGGUCAACUGGACCGCCCCUUAAUGUCGUCCUGAACUCGACCGGUGUCACGCCCACGGGCAUCGGUGCCGCGUCGUUGCCGUCCAUUGACAUCCCUGCCGGCGCCGUCCUCCCCGCAUCGGGUCCCGUGUCGCUGGAUCUGCUGCCGUGGCGCUCUGUCUACGCCGGUGGCCAAGCAUGUGAUGUGCCCCUGCCCGAAACGGCCGUGCGCGACCACCAAGUGCUCGUUUUGCGCCGUGGCGGCUGCACCUUUUCCGACAAGCUCGCCAACAUCCCGUCGUUUGCGGCGAGCCCCCGGCGGCUGCAGCUGGUUGUGGUCGUGAGCGACGAUGACGACGUGCGCGUCGGCAGCAGCGGUCCCGGCGGCCCACUGUCGCCCAUGACGUUCCAUGACGACCCGCAAGACUUUGUACGCCCGCUGCUGGACGAGACGCAGCGGACGCCAAGCGGACUGGUGCGGUGGCAGCCGUUAGCGAUGGUCAUGGUGGGUGGUGGCGAGGAGGCGUACCGACAGCUGGCCGGGGCGCGGCAGUUUGGUCUGACGCGGCGAUACAGCGUAGAGAGCCAGGGGGUGCGGAUCCGCAAUGUUAUUAUUGACGACGGUGAUGAGGUGUGA